AUGGCUUCGCCGUCGCUCGAACGUAAAGAGCCUCAAGGCAGACCGCUGUACUCUUUCGAGCUGGCGGAUAUUAUAGGUGCCAGCAUGACACCAGAGAUGCUUUACGAGCGAUGGGUCGUACAGCGGGAGGAGCUAGAGACAGCACGGACGAGCGAAUCCGAGCACCAAGGACGCUACGCCCAAGACCCCAUCCGGAGGAGAGGUCUUGUUAGUGCCGGAUAUACUGGAUAUAGGAAUCGUCGUAAGCCUGCUGGGACGAAGAAAAGCAUCAGAAGGAUGAUACAGGAGCUUGCUCUGCCUCCACACCGUCGUGAUGCGACGCCCUUUGCUACUAAGACUUCUCGGUCUUGGAAGAAGUCGUCCUCUGCCUCGUCGCCGAGGCCAGAGGCUGCUCAGACGUCCCGGUCGUGGAAGACGUAUGCUAGUAGAGGUGUGGGAACACCCUCCUGUUGUGGAGGGCCGAGGCCUGUCGCUGCAGAGACUUCCCGGUCUUGGAAGAAGAUCCCGAUAGGAGGAAAGCAGCAGCCUCGUUUCACUAGGCCUAAGCGCGGUCCGUGUGGUUUCAUGGGUCCAUUGAAGCCGACAGUGCCUCGCACUCCUAAGACUCGAGAGGAACGGAAGAAGGAGGGGACCGAGGCCAUGAGGAUGCCUCGUAAGAAGAAGGUGCCGUCCAUAUUUAGUCGGAUCGCUUCUUGUCGGCCGGACUAUGUCAAGAUGGGCCAACAGCGAGGAAAGACCACUUCGUUCGAGGUCUGGCAGAGGCAACAACGAGAGAUCGCGAGGAAGGAAGAGGAGGAGAGAGCGGCUGCGGAGGCUGCUGCUGCUGCUGCUGCGGAAGAAGAAGAAGCUGAGGCGGCGGCUGCUGCUGAGUUGGAUCCGGCCCAGCAAUCGGUACCGCUCAGGUCCGGGCGGGGGGCCUUGCUCAACGGGAAGAGCGCGACUCUUGAACUUUCGGAGCACGAGCAUCAUGACCCCUCAGCCGAUCAUUCGCGUGGCCGAUCAUUGCAGCCACAACAUAUUGACAAAUUGCAUCACAAGAAAACAGGGGAGGUCGACGAUGAUGGUGAUGAUGGUGAUAAAAAGGAAGGUGAGGAAGAGGAGGAGAAGGAGGAGGGCGAGGAGGAGACGGACAGUGAAAAGUCCAGCAGCUAUGCGUCCUCGACUAAGAGCAUACGAGUGGCGGAGCGACCGAAGAUGCCCCGUUGGGCUCCUGGCUUUAUGUAG